AUGGCUAAUCCUAUCCUCUGCCUUCUAUUAGUUAGUCUAGCUCUUUCGGCUCCAGUACCUUUGCCGUUGGAGGAAGACUUCAAUGUAUUCCAUACUAAACAAGAGAAUCAUGAACAACGAUUCCUUCGUGUCGAUCAGAACAAGGACAAAGUUGUCACUUUCGACGAAUUCCUUCAUAUGGAGUUGGCUUAUGUUGAUGCCAAGAAAGAAGAGUUCGACACUCUCGAUAAGAAUCACGAUGGCAAAGUGAGCUUGGCCGAAUAUGAAGAGCACUUCCACGAGGCAUCUAGCAAGAGUGAGAAAUCAAGAACCGCAUACUUCGCCAAAGUUUUCGAGGACUUUGACGAAGACUUCAACAUGGCUUUGAGCCGCGAUGAACUUGAACGAGUGCUAGCAGAAAGAUUCCUGGUGAAGCCAAGAGAAAACUUCCCAAAACUCUUCUUCAAGUUCGAUGUGGAUAAGUCUGGAGGCUUGGAUUUGACAGAGUAUAUGAAGUUCGACGCUGAAUUCCCAUUCGAUCAAACUGAUCCAGUCGGUGGAGGACCAUCCAAGGCUAACAGCCAUCACAACCAAAUGCACACUGAAGUUCCACAAGAUGCUGAUGCUGCUGCCAUCGCCGCCGUUCUCGCUCAAGCAUCCCCAACACUGAAUAAGGCCCCAGCUGGAGUAGCUCCACAACACAAUGCUCCAGGUCUUCAUCCAGUUGCUCCAGGAUCUGUUCAACCAGCUGUUCCAAUUAAGAAAAUCUAA